AUGCCUCUCACGAUUAGAAAGGUAUCGCCAGAUUUCAAGUUCGAUGUCGCAGCCCCUGCAGGCUGGUGUUAUGCUGCUGGCGAUACCAUCAUAGGAAAUCUUGUCCGUCACACCCCGAUUGUCUCGCCCGAGGCAACGAUCACCCUGAGCUUGGUCGGUCGGAUCAAGACGAAAAUCACCGAGAGUAAGACCAACAACAGGCACACACACUACCGCAGCGAGGCACGCCUGGUAAGAUCCGACCAGACCAUCAUCUCGGGUCAGCCUCUGCAUCUUCCCGAGGGUAGUGGGGCACCACUUUCCUGGCAGUUCGCUGUCAACAUCCCCACCGAGCCACUACAGUCCACGAGGCAGGUCUUUACGCCCAGCACGAGCUUUGUCCCUUUGGACCGCGACCAUCCAGCGCAUCAUACCUUGCCAGGGUCAUUCAUCUCCUUUCGAGAUGGCCUUGCCGUCUCAUCAUCCUGCUUUGUUGAAUACUAUCUCAAAGCGCUGCUUCGGUACACCUACAAAGGCUCCAGCAAGCUCGUUGAGGCAAUAUGGCCUUUCCAAAUCAACCAUCCAGUGGAAGGGACCGACCUACUCUCCCAGCUGAAUUGCCUCUCAUUCAACCAACAAAUCCAAAGCCAGCGCCUACUCCCAGGCAUGCAGCAUGCAGAUCUCACAUUCAAGCAAAAGACACAAAAACUUUUCGGUUCAUCAAAGGUGCCAAAGUUCGUUUUCGAUAUGAACAUCCGCCACCCGGCGGCUAUUCAACUUAAUCAUCGAGAGCCGAUCCCAAUUAUUUUAGAGAUUCGGCCACGUCCCGAGCUAACGAGUCCGUCGGUGGAGGACCAAAGUAUUGUGAUAAAUUGGGUUAGAAUGUGUCUGCAUCAGUGUACAUCUGUGCUCGCGCCCAGUAAUUUCCUCAACGACCACGCGCACGAUGACAAUCAUCAUUACUCGGUGAACUUGAAUCUGGAGGCGGCUUUCCAACGCCUUGAGUCGCCCUUGGUGAUGAGUACAGCAGAGAAAGGCGAGAAAAGGGUCAAUAUUGGUGAAAUGUUCCAAUUGGCUCUUCAUCCUGGAGGGUUCAGUUCUGGCUCACAGCUUCUAACUGCCAUCUCGCCAAUUCCCGACUUUACUACUUACAGUAUUCAACAUACGAAUGCGGUAGAGUGGAAAGUUUCAUACUCGGUUGCAGGAGAGACGGGGACUUUCAAGGCAAGCAGUGCGAUAAGAAUCAUUGCAUCCGCUUAA